UUCCUUAUAAUUCAUCCACGUUUCCUUCAUUAACAGUAAAAACGUAGUAGUUUUCCUUCAUCAGAAAUGGCCGUGCAACUGACCGGAGACCAGCUGAAAAGGAUUGAAAUCCAGCUGAAAAGAUUUUUACCUCGAUCGCAACAGGUUUAUGGUUGCCUGGUCCUCAUAAACAGAGUCAGAUCAGAUCCUGUGAGGAUCUUUGUGGACAAAUGGCCAGAGUUCAGUGUCGUUGUCUGCAAACCAGAAUGUAAAGAGAGGGGAGAUCUCUUCAAAGACACACUGGUCUUUGCAAAUGAUGAAGCCAUCCUGGAGGGAACCAUGCGGGAGUCCUCCAUUAUUGACUGGACCCAGGGCUUUUGUAUUGGAAUCAAUCGUCGUCACAUGGAGGUAUUCAAAGCACUUGCAUCAGAAAAAGACGUGCCCUACAGAGAGGUGGAUGUGUGUCACAUGAUGACACUGCAGGAUGUAUCCAGCCUUCCCUCUAUAGACAGCUCUGGGAUCUCAUUAGGCUCUCUGGAUGAAUCACACACUGACUUGGUGAAUCAGACGUGGAAGUUUGGUAAGGAUGAAAUUGCUGUCAGGAUGAUCCAGAACAUGCUCAAACACUUCCCGUCCUGCUGUGUGCUGGACGCAGAGGGAAAGCCGGUGUCCUGGAUCUUGACCUACUCGUCCUGUUCAAUGGGCGUGUUGUACACUCUGCCAGAGCACAGAGGGAAAGGCUACGCCAAAGUCGUGAUCAGCACUCUGGCCAAGAAGCUCCACGCUGAAGGCUACCCAACUUUCUGCUUUAUAGAGGAGGAGAACGAGGUCUCCUACAGGCUCUUUAAAAGCCUGGGCUUCACUGAGGACUCCUCGUACAGGGAAACCUGGUUUAAAUUCAACGGUUUGUAA